AUGCCAAUGAUAUUGAGAAAAUGUGAGAUGAACGAGUCGGUGAUUUACGAUGAAGCUCCCCCAGAGCCUAUCACCAAUAUCACCAACAAUGAAAACUUUAUCACAGUUAUGGAAUAUAACAUUCCGUUUGCUAUAGCCAUUCAUAAAUGUGUGACUCCGAUCUGGUAUAUUAUUGGCGGCAUUGGGAACAUCAUCUCUGCUCGCAUCUGGCUUCAUCCUAGAAUGAAAGCCUGUAAUAUGUCUGCUAACUACCUUGCUGGAUUAGCCAUAGCCGACUUUAUUUAUCUCAGCCUUCACGUCUUUAAUGAAUUGGAAAAUCCGUGGAAUAUCGGCACAUUGGAUUUACCUGUUUGGUGUGAGUUAUGGAACGUGCUGUACAUGUCCGUGGAUUAUAUGUGUGUGUUACUAGUUCUUGCCUUCACUGUGGAACGGUUUUUAUCCGUGUGUUAUCCUUUUAAAUCAGAACGUUUCAGUCGUAAAUCACGAUCUCCUAAAGUUAUUAUUUUACUCUCCAUUGCGGCUGUGUUAUUCGGUCUUCCUCAAGCGUACUUUUGGGAAGUAUCAGCGUCAGAUAAAGAAUGUUUUGUUCGCUAUUCAGAGCUGAUGGCAGGUGAGAAUUCGUUUUACAACAUUUACACUUGGGGAUCUGAAAUGGUCGUAUUCGGAAUCAUUCCACUAUUAGUGUUAUCGCUCAAUAUAUGUGUUUUGCUCAAAAUAAAAACAGUUGGGAAGCUGAAUUUCAGUGAGUCGCGGACAAGUCACUUAAAAUAUAAUCUCGUUACAACAACGAUUACUUUACUUUGGGUUUCGUUUUAUUUGAUAGUCACAACGUUACCAGUAACAAUAACUUUCGCUAUACAAAAUAGCAUGAGUCUUGGACCAGCCAUGCCCGUAUCACAAAUGGCAUCAAACGCUGCGUGGAGAACAUAUUUUGCCUAUUAUUCGGCAAGGAUUGUGAUCCGUGAAGUGUGUAUGUCUCAUCACUCCUGUAAUGUGUUUAUAUACUGUGCUACAAGUCGUCGAUUUCUAAAACAUACCAAGGAGUUGGUAUUUGGACCUUUAGUAUGUGGCGCACAUGACGAUGAAAGCUGCACAAGACAGUAUCCCACUCCAUUAUUAAAAAAUAAAAAUUUAAUUAUUAACCAUUCACAUUCUCAGUCACGGUCUCGGUCACAAGACUGA